AGUAUGUCUUCAUUUAUGAGUAAAUGAUUGAAUAAUAAUUUUUACCCAAUAGUAUGUUAAUGCAUUUCGAUUAUAGUACUAAUAAAGGCUGAUAAUCAUUGCAACAAUAACAAUAUUGAUGAGAAUUAAGAAACACCAUAGUUGGUGCAAAUAAAUUUUAAAAAAUAAACAAGUAGAUUUUAUCAUAGACCAACUCAAAGAACCAUGAUUUAACACAUUCAUAUUGUCGACCUUGUUUAGUAUUGGGGUAUUUAGGUGGACACGUGUAUAUUAAAAGAUGAGCACACAUCAAACAGAAACACAAGUGUAUGUACACCUAUAUGUACACAUAUAUAUAAAUGUAUGACGGUAUGCAUAGGAAUAAACAUAUGUAUAAAUGCUGAAUAUAAAAACUUCUCCUGUCUGUAAAUAGUACAGGAUAUUAUUCAUAAUCAUUUGGGUUAUUUAUAAAACUAUUUGAUUUGUUACUCUUUUUUCGAAUUAAAAAAAAAACAAAAAAAAGAAAAAUACUACCUCCUCUGAUAGACGACAAAUUUUCAAGGCAGUUUAAUUUCACAUCUAGGAGAAUUUUUCUACAAUGUGCUUUUUUACAUUAUUAUCGUGUAUAUGUCGUAAUACAGCUGGACGACUAAUGAAACGUAAAAAGAAUCCAUCAGAUCGCAGUGUUGGACGGGCGAUAGUGGAUCAAAUGGCAUUGUUUCGACGUGCUCCUGGUCCAUCUUUUGUUCCACGAAGUUAAGAAUAUAUACUGAACAGGCAAUCACAAUAAAUAAAAAUGAAAUCUAAGGAGAACUUUUGAAUUAAAUAUAUCCUGGUUCCAUUCGCCUCAGUAUUCCAAUAAAUACCUUUGUGACUACACUCUGUAUCUUGAAUAAACUUUAGGGACCUGCAUUUAUGAUGCUUAGUCGUCUUUUUUAUGUUUCCUUUCAUUUCGGUGUUACAACGAUGUGUGUUUGUCCGUUCUAUGUACACAAAAUUUUUUUUCUAGUUCAUUUUCCUAUUUCUGUAUAUUAAAAUAUUGUGUGAAAUCCUCUUUAAAUCCUAC